CCGGAAACACAUAAGACACAAUAACAACAACACACGGGCCUAUGUCUAACUAGCUACACGAAAUCGAAGUGAAAUUGCAUAGAUCAUCUAACAAUAGCAACAUUUUAUGUUACUUUACUCAACUUUUUAAAGAAACCUAACACUGGUAAGGCAUAGUCCUAGGUUCUACAUACAUAAAGACAGCGUAAGGAGUCAAGUAUGUUCAGUUUUUUCGGACAUCGUAAUAAAGACUCUUCCAAGAAGUCAUCGUCAGAGGGGGAUACAGAUGGGUUCGUGAUAAUCGGAGAAACUGUUGAGGAACAGAGGCAGAAGAUCCAAAACAUCAGCAAACCAUCAUGUAACGUCAUUGUGCAACCAUCAAAGUCAUCCAGUGCAACACCUUCCCAGGCCCACCACUCUCCAGCCCCCGCUCCACCUUCCGUGAUCGCCCCAUCACCAGGGCCCAUGUGGAAGCCCCCUGCGCCCAUCGUGGAGGCCCCACCGUCUCUCCCAGAGCUACUAGGAGAUGUCCCGUUCACCCUGGCCCCCCAUGUCCUGGCCAUGCAGACAGGGGGUCCCGGGUUCCUCUUUUCUGAGAUGCUGAUGUCCCCCCGAGACAUCAACCACAACCUGGCCUCCUUCACUUACGAUUUCACCCUGGAGAACUCUGUGCUCUGUGACCAUUGACCUGUCUACUUUCUGACUGUAUGACCUCUGACCUUUUUGAUCUGUCAACCUCCUCCAAUACCAACCCUUUGUCAACCCUGGGUCGUGUUCAUUGGGCAGCAAACAGAAGAAAACAUACUGAAACAGGGCGGGACAUCCUGGGCUUGCCUAAUAAGAAAGGCACAUUUUUGUUUUUAGAGUUUAGCUACAUGUGCUCUACUGAACACAACCUUGGACUGUCUUGUCUCGUUACCAUUCAGGUUUAGUUUCAGUUCCAUGGGGCUCUGUCUGAGAAUGGCAAUACUAUAAUUAAUAAUAAACCUGGUUCUGGUGAUGAUCAGCAUUAGGUGGGGUCAAAACUGCACCUGCCUGCAGUGAUGUAGGUACACACAGUAUGUAGGUAGAUGGGUACACAGAAUUCCACCUUUUUAAGAUUGCAGAUUAGGAAUACUAGUUAAGAAUGUUAAUCACUUGCUGAUGCAUGUCAUAGUAGUGCUGGUUCACUGUUUUAAGUGUGUGUGUGUGUGUCAGAAGAGCGUUAGCUUCAUGUCGGAUGAUAGGAAUGCUUGAACAUAGCUGAGGCUUGCGUUGAAGAACAGAGUCAGGGUCUAGAUUCACCUGCUGUUGUUGUUGGUUUAGGAAUCACUGAUUGACCUUUUGGGUUUGCACUAAUGUACGUACCAGACAGAUUUCAAAUGGAAUCUUAGGAAGGAAAUGACUUCUUUAUCUGGUUACGUUUUUUACCCUGGUGUCCUCACCUUUGCCAAUGACGUUGAGAAUAUUUUAACAAGACAUUUCCAAAAAA